AGACAUUUCCUGCUCCCUGGGGAAUGCUGUGUCAGUGGCCAGGCGAGCCCCAGAGCCAACAUCUGCCUGACCCGCCAUGGGCCCCAACCUGCUACUGCUGCUGCUCCUGGGACUGGCAGGCCAGGGCUCCAUGGUCACCCUCCCAGAGGUGCUGCAGGCCCCCGUGGGGGGCUCCAUUCUGGUGCAGUGCCACUACCGGCUUCAGGACAUCAAGGCUCGGAAGGUGUGGUGCCGCUUCUUGCCAGAGGGGUGCCAGCCCUUGGUGUCCUCCACUGUGGAUCGCAGAGCUCCGGGUGGCGGACGCAUGUUUCUCACCGACCUGGGGGGUGGCCUGCUCCAGGUGGAGAUGAUUACCCUGCAGGAGGAGGAUGCAGGCGAGUAUGGCUGCGUGGUGGAGGGGGCCACAGGGCCCCAGACGGUGCACAGAGUCGCUCUGGACGUGCUCCCUCCAGCUCCUCGACUGAAAGAGAAGGAGACCUAUAAGGCUGGGACUCUGGCUGGUGGCUCCUCCUCAGACACUGUGGGCAGUGCCAGCCCUGCGGAACCCACCCCGGAUGCGAAGAGCAUCCCCUUGAUCUGGGGCGCUGUGGUCCUGCUGAGCCUGCUGGUGGCAGCAGUGGUGCUGUUUGCUGUGAUGGCCAAGAGGAAAGGAAACAGGCUUGGUGUCCGUGGCCAACCUCAGAGCAGCGGAGUUCGGGGCAUGGUAUUCCCAAAGAAACACAACCGCCAAAUUCAAUUUUAGAAAAUUGAUACUGGGGUCGCUACACAACUAGGCACGAAACAUUGGGGAAACUGGAAUCUUAAAAGCCUCAAACACAAGUUAACAGCAUCAAAAACAUGCAACUGGCUUUGCCAUUCCUCCUUGAGAUCCUACCACAAACAGCACCAGACAUGAGGACAGAAGAAGUUCAUGCAGGGCUUACAGAGAAUCAGAGAGGGCACCACUACCUGGAGGGUCUGGACUUGCUGGCCUGAGGCGGAUGCCACCUGGGCCUCAGUCUGCAACUGGACAGCAGUGACACCACCCUGCUGCUGAGAACAGGAACAGGAAGAGCUUGAAAUGUGUCAGGAAGGAAAUGGAGAGUUCAAGAUAUGAGAUCACCUUACCUCUUGUGGGAGAGGGAGGGAAUCUUCUUUCAACAGUCCCACCCAAGAAGACUUUCAAAACUGUAGAGACUCCCUAUACUGAAGCUGUUUUGUCAUGGUAGCAGGAUCAAAGAUAUUAGCCCUCUAUCCCCAGAGUGAAACUCAAAACACAUUUCCAUGACUCAAAAACAAUAGUUGUCCAUCAUUAACACAAUUUUUUUAAAUGAACUCCUUCCCUCCAGAAAUAAGCAUUUGAUCCUUCUGCUUUGAGUUAUCUUAAUGCUUUUUAUUUCCUCAAAUGAGUUCACAACAACAAAGUUAUCGGGUUUUUACAGCUUUGAAGCUACAGUGAAGAAUUUCUGGGACUUAAAUGUAAUGACCAGAUAGGAAGAAUGAAGCAAUCACUGUGAACCAAAAUCAUCUUCAUGCUGGUCACUGCUCUCUCAUGGCCCAAAACUAAGAUAACUUCUACUCAAUUGGAUUACCUUAGAAGCAAUGUUUUCAGUGAUUUAACCUAAUUUUUAUAUCCUUUAAUGAUAAAUUCUGACAGAAAAAGACUUUAUCCAUCAGGGCGAUUCUGUGAAUAGAAGGCCCUUUGUGGAAUCCCCUUCCCCAAGCAGGCAGCUGAAGGAGGCUGCCAGAGACAUAGCAGCUGCGUGUGGAAGGAAAAGCUAGCGAAGGCCUUUAAGUAAUUACUUUCUUUUAAUCAAAAGUUGCUCCUUCCGUUGAUCAUUAGCUAGGAACAAGUUACCAUCAAAACAGCUUUUGCACUCCCUAUCAUCUACCUUUCUGUAUUCUCUAAGUUACCUUUGGAAACAAAACAUUCCCCAAUCUUGGCCUAAGGUCAAAUAGAUGCAUAAUGAAUAUCUUUUCUUCUAGGGAGAAACACAAACUUUUACUAAAAUAAAAAGCUAGUAGAGAGCAUCAGAAAAUGUAAUCUCUGUAUAAAUCUAAAAAAGCAAUCUAUCUUAUUAAGGAAUAAACCAACAGGGGAUUCCUUUCUAGUAUGUGCUUAUUCGUAAGAGGGGCUAAGUAUUAACCUCAUGUUGAACUACAGCUUUUCAGAAUAAGCACCCUGAUGGAUCAAAUCAAAGAAGAGUGGGUUUCUUGGAUACUGACUAUCUUGGUUUAUCACUAUGCCACAGCCUUGAAAGAUCACAAAGCUAGUUUAAUCAAGAAGAGAAACAACAAAACUGAAUCCAGAAAAAACAAAAACAAAACCCUCCACAUUUGCAUCUGAGAACAGACCAGGUUUUGACUUUAAGCAAAAUGAAAUGGGCAAUUCAGUAUUACACAAGACUCCUGAGAAGAGUGAAUUUUAUGUUGUCAUGGACUGAACACAGAGCUCAUGAAAGAAAUCCCAGCACAACCAAUCUUCAAAAAGCAUUCUGGCACAAGUCACCAGACCUAUUAUUUGUAAGAUCUGGGACCUCUAAAUAAAUUCCCCACUUGAGUGGUGCUCCAAAGCUGUGCUGUUUAAAGCAGUUGUACUUCCAUACCUGCUGCUGAAUCUGUCCAGCCUGCACAACAAUCUGCUCUGUCGAACUAUUGCUGUUUGCUGUAUACUGCUCCAUGAUCCCUCCAAGUUAGAAUCCUGUCCACAGUGUGUUUCACUCAGGAGAUCCUAGAAGACUGCGAAAUGCACUCCUAUUAGAAGGGUUGGAAAGAAACUGAGAUUGUUAAUAAAAGCCUUGCCAGAUGAUUAACAUUGAUAA